AUGCAUUCCAGCAGCUUCAUCAUCCUCACCGCCCUGUUCACAGUCAGCAUUUCUGCUCUCCGUAGUCAAAACCAAGUCUCAGAGCUUCAGGCACCUAUCGAUGGCUUCGACAUCGUCAUCUCUCAGUGGGAGGUCCAGGCCACCCCUGAAGGUGAGAAGUUGAUUCUUGCCGGCACUGUCGAGCAGGUCCUUGGGGAGCUUCGCGGCAUCAACCCCGAUUACGAGAAAGAUUUUGGUCUCGACUCCGAACUUCCUUUGCCCGUCAUUCAUAAGCUUAACGACUUUUCCAACGCCCCAUUUGCGUGCAACACCACCAAUGCAAUGGCCGAUCAGAGCAUCAUCGUCAAGGGCGCAAAGUACCUCAGAGGUGUCAAGGGAAAGCCCUACCAGCCUCCUGGACCCAGCACCUGCGCUCGCGUGAGCUGCAGUUGGAAGUCUGCCAUUUGGUGGUGUAACCAUGCAAACACACCUCGCGAGCUCGGCUCUUUUGGUGAGAUUGCUGACGGCGCCGACCGCAUUGUUCAAGGUUGUCAGACCAAUGGUGAAUGGAUUGAUGGUCAAACGUGGCAUAAGGAUGAUUGGAGUGUCGUUGUCGGCCGCUCCGACUGCUAG